AUGGCGCCGAGCUGCGACGACGUGGCCGCGUCCAUGCUCCUCUGCGCCGAGGAGCACAGCAGCAUCCUGUGCUUUGAGGAGGAGGAGGAGGAGUUGGAGGCGGUCGGGAGAAAGAGAGGCCGGUCGCCGGACUACGGGGACGAUUUUGGCGUGGAUUUGUUCCCGCCGCAGUCGGAGGAAUGCGUGGCCGGUCUGGUGGAGAAGGAGCGGGAGCACAUGCCGAGGGCGGACUACGGCGAGAGGCUGCGCGGCGGCGGCGGCGGCGGCGUCGAUCUCUGCAGUCCGCCGGGAGGCCAUCGACUGGAUUUGGAAGCCGCCAAGAUGGAGGAAACCGCCGUCCCGCAAUCCCUGGACCUUCAGGUCGGAGACGCGCGCUAUGUGUUUGAGGCGAAGACGAUCCAGAGAAUGGAGCUCCUUGUUCUAAGCACCCUCAAUUGGAGGAUGCAGGCCGUCACACCUUUCUCCUACAUGGAUUACUUCCUAAACAAGCUCAAUGGUGGCAACGUGGCGCCAAGAAGCUGGUUCUUUCAAUCCGCAGAGCUUAUCUUGUGUGCAGCCAGAGGAACCUGCUGCAUAGGGUUUAGGCCGUCUGAGAUCGCCGCCGCAGUUGCAGCCUCCGUGGUCGUCGGAGAAGUGAACGUCUCAGGCAUUGAGAACGCCUGCACCCACGUAGAUAAGGAGCGGGUGUUGCGGUGCCAGGAAGCGAUCCAGUCCAUGGCGUCCUCGGCCAUUGACACUGUGCCACCAAAAUCUGCGAGCGGCAGGACCUCCUCCCCUGUGCCUGUGCCGCAGAGCCCUGUAGGGGUGCUGGACGCGGGCUGCCUCAGCUACAAGAGCGAAGACGAUGCCGCGGCAGCAGCCACUGUUGCUGCCUCACAUGGGGCCUCUGGCUCUUCAAGCUCCUCUCCCCCAGUGACCAGCAAAAGGAGAAAACUCACCAGCCGAUGA